AUCUGAAGAGCACUUAUUGUAGAUCUGUCGCUGAUCCUGGACGCUCGGACUUAAUGACAGCCAUUCUUUAAAUAUGAAGAUAAAAGUUUCUUUAUUACUUUUCUUUCUAUAACAAUCUAGAUAUGACUCAGCGCGUGGACAUUUUCAGCCGGACUCUGCGCAUGUUUUCUUGAAGUAACCCAACAGAAGACGCGCAGAUCGCUGCGAUGAGGGAUCGGCUGGCUGAACUGGCUGCUAAUAACGCGGGGGAGGAUGCUGCUGUACCAGUGGACCCCAUGGAUGGCUUCAUGGAGAGCUUUUUCAGGAGGGUGGAGGAAGUUAGAGGACUCAUUGAUAAGAUCUCCCACCAAGUAGAGGAGGUGAAGAAGACGCACAGCAUGAUCUUGUCUGCACCUAACCCUGAUAACAGGACAAAGGAACAGCUGACCGCUCUCACCAAUGACAUCAAAGGGAAUGCCAAUGUGGUGCGGACUAAACUAAAAUCAAUGGAGCAAAGCAUGCCUAAAGAUGAUGUCACCAACAGAUCAUCUGUUGAUUUCCGGAUCCAGAAAACACAGCACACCGUGCUUUCCAGGAAAUUUGUGGAGGUCAUGACGCUGUACAACGAGACCCAAGUGUCGUUUCGGGAGAGAAGCAAAGGAAGGAUACAGAGACAAUUGGAGAUAACUGGAAGAGUGACCACUAAUGAAGAGCUGGAAGAUAUGCUGGAAAGUGGAAAUCCAUCAAUCUUCACAUCUGAUAUCAUCUCCGAUUCCCAGAUCACACGUCAGGCAUUAAAUGAAAUAGAGUCCCGUCACCAGGAUAUCAUACGUUUGGAGUCGAGCAUCAAGGAGCUACACGCGAUGUUCAUGGACAUGGCAAUGCUGGUAGAAACACAGGGGGAGAUGGUGAACAGCAUUGAGAAUAACGUUUCCAAUGCAGCUGAGUACAUUUGUAGUGCGAAAGAAGAGACAAAAAAAGCAGUGAGAUACCAGAAGAAGUCUCGCAGGAAAUACAUCAUCCUCGCCUUUGUUCUGCUGAUCCUACUUGCUGUCAUUGCACUAAUUGUUGGCCUCUCUGUGGGACUAACCAAACCCCCUGUGUGAGACCUACUGCUAUUUCUGUAUGAGGGAGCUAUGAAGCUGUCUUCACCAGGAACAUCAAACACCAACAACUUAUGUGCAGAAUCUGUUAUUUUUAUUUCUUCCUUGCAGCACACUGGAUUAUCAGCAGUUUUAUGAUAUGCAAACCUGCCAUUAAUCACUGAAUGUUGAGGAUUACUUUUUAAGGAAUAUUUCAAAGGACUAUUUUGACAUGGGUUUCCCCGCUUUUUCUGGAGAUCGCUGUGUAGAUUCUUAUUCAUCCAGAAAAAAAAAGUCAACUGAACUUCUUUUAUCUUUUAUUGUUGAAGAUAUUGCACCUCUUUUCCAAGAUAAUUUCUCAAUUCUUUUUGUAGAUAGUUUGAUAAAAUAUUGAUAAAAGAACCUUCUUGAGUCUGUGACAACAGACUAUGACAGUGGACCUUGUCCAAUAGGUUCAACUUAAACUGAGCUAGCCAGCAGCAGACCUUAUCCUACUUGUAUGUGUGUGUGUGUGUGUAUAUAUAUAUAUAUAUAUAUAUA